AUAUUGAUAAACACGGUCACAGUGCUCCGCUCUCUCCCUCUCUCUCUCUCUCUCUCUCCCUGUCCCUGCUAGCUUUAUGGGUUCUUUCUAGUUUAUAGUUUUAUUAGUUUAUAAACGUCUCCCUGCUUCAAUUCAAGCACUGUUUCAGGUUCAAAUGGCAUCCGAUGCUGCCAUUGUCACUUGGGGCUCGGGUGAAGAUGGACAAUUGGGAAUCGGGAACAACGAGGAGAAGGAGUGGGUAUGUGUUGUCGAAGCCCUCCAGUCACGGACUGUCCGGUCUGUUGUCGCUGGUAGCCGAAACUCUCUUGCCAUUUGCGAUGAUGGCAAGUUGUUUACAUGGGGUUGGAACCAAAGAGGAACCUUGGGGCACCCUCCAGAGACCAAAACCGAGAACAUUCCUAGCCAAGUUAAAGCUCUUGCCAAUGUUAAAAUUGUUCAGGCUGCUAUUGGUGGAUGGCAUUGUUUGGCUGUUGAUGAUCAAGGCCGUGCUUAUGCCUGGGGUGGAAAUGAGUAUGGACAGUGUAGUGAAGAACCUGAGCGGAAAGAUGACACUGGUAGACCUUUGAGAAGGGAUAUAGUGAUUCCUCAGCGCUGUGCACCGAAGCUUGUAGUUCGCCAGGUAGCUGCUGGGGGUACUCACUCUGUGGUACUUACACGUGAUGGGCAAGUAUGGACUUGGGGUCAGCCGUGGCCUCCGGGAGACAUAAAACAAAUUUCAACACCUGUGCGAGUACAAGGUCUUGAUGCAGUGAAGCUCAUUGCAGUUGGGGCAUUUCAUAAUUUGGCUCUUCAAGAGGAUGGUACUUUAUGGGCAUGGGGUAACAAUGAAUAUGGACAGCUUGGAACUGGAGAUACCCAGCCUAGAUCACAACCUAUUCCUGUCCAGGGUCUUUCUGGUCUUACUUUGGUGGAUAUUGCUGCUGGAGGAUGGCAUUCUACUGCACUCACAGAUGAUGGAGAGGUGUAUGGUUGGGGACGAGGGGAACACGGAAGGCUUGGAUUUGGCGAUAAUGAUAAAAGCAGUAAAAUGGUGCCCCAAAGGGUUCAUCUUUUAGCUGGGGAGGAUAUUGUUCAGGUGUCUUGUGGAGGCACUCACUCGGUUGCAUUAACACGUGAUGGGCGCAUGUUUUCGUUUGGUCGAGGUGACCAUGGACGUCUUGGAUAUGGAAGGAAGGUGACAACCGGUCAACCAAUGGAAGUGCCCAUCAACAUCCCUCCCAGAAAUGGCACUGAAGACAAUGGACACUGGAUUGCCAAACUUGUUGCUUGUGGGGGACGCCAUACUCUGGCGAUAGUAGUUUGGAAAGCUGAUGAAGCAGAAGAAUCAUAAAACUGAUGAACUUGUUUCAGAAAAUUUUCCGGUAGCUCGAAUAACCACUACCAUUGUUGGUUCUGUAUAACAGUAUUAUUUAAGAUCAACCAGUAACAUAUCUAUAUAGGAGGAAGAACUAGUUUCCUUAUGGAGUUGAUUAAGAUUUCAUAAGAAGUGGGUUCUGCAA